CGCUCAUUUCUGACAGCUAACGGCAGGUCAGCGGAAGUGACGUGUCUGUGGUUGCUCAGCGUUCAGCGCGAGCGUUUCCUAGCCAAGUUUCAGUUUUAUGCACGAGCGCCAGCGCUCUGAUUUAUUGUCGGUGAGGCGCAGCGAGGACUCACAACUUCAACAUCACAAUUAUUAUUAAUUAAAACUCACUGGAUUCACUACUGAGCUUACAGUCAGUUUCAGCAGGCUGUACAGUGUGUCUAGGUAUAACAGACAGAGAGACAGACACAGGCACCCUGACAUCCGCCGGAGACACAGCAGACGAAGACAAACUGAGACUCCUUUAGCACACAGACAGCAGUCUACAUUUCCACCUUUCCUGGCCAGCAUCUCUCCUGCAUUCUGGACAUCAUGCCUCGUUCUUUCCUGGUGAAAAAACGCAGGAGGGGAGGCUCUAGAUCUUCCCUUCCUACAGACUGUAUGCCGUGUCUGGGUGUACGAGGCUGCAUAGGUGCAGGAACCCGAGAAGAGCCAGAGCCAAAUGUUGAGGCUUCAUCUAUACAGCAGACGAAGACACACCGGGACUGGACAACAGGUUUUAGUGGUUGUGAAUUCCCUUCACUGAUUCCCUGGCAUCACAUUCAAUCCAGCACCACAGAGGAUAAACAGGACCUGGGAAGUGAGUUAAAGUCCAGCAGUAAAGACACAGAUUAUUCAGCGAUCAGCUCCUCUAUUUCACGCUGCCGGUUAUGUAGCAAGAACUUCUUUUCCUAUUCUGACUUGGAGGCCCAUCAUUACAAAUGUCACGAAGGUCACAAGCCGCCCAUAGUCUGCAUUAACAGCAGCGAACCAGUGACACCGCACAGAACAAAGGAGCGAAAGUUCGAAUGUAAAGUGUGUGGGAAGCUGUUCAAACGUUCCUCCACUCUCUCCACACACCUGCUGAUCCACUCAAACACAAGGCCGUACCCCUGCCAGUACUGUGGCAAGAGAUUCCACCAGAAAUCAGACAUGAAGAAACACACCUUUAUUCACACGGGAGAGAAGCCACACGUGUGCAGGGUGUGUGGGAAGGCCUUCAGCCAGAGCUCUAAUCUAAUCACACACAGCAGAAAGCACUACAGGCCCUUCAGCUGAGCACACACACACACACACACACACACACACACACACACACACACAUACACACUUCUCAAUUUCUACUUGUAAAUAUUUCCCACUUUAUGACAAUAAACCUUUGUAAACAUU